GUUUCAGUUUACAUUUUGAAACGUGUAGAAGGAAAUGAAUUAUGGAGCUUUUAAUGCUAUUUUCUAACUCUGCAUUUGUGUUUAUGGAAAGUCAUCGGAUUGCAAUCGCGUGCACAAUCACAGCAGUAUGCGCGUUCUAUGCGGUACGGCGUUGGAUGCGUGGGGCGCGGUGCCAGAGCAAGGCGAGGUUAGACGGACGGACGGUCCUCAUCACGGGCGGCAACACCGGCGUGGGCAAGGAGACGGCACGUGACCUCGCCAGAAGAGGAGCAAGAAUAUUGAUAGCCGGUCGGGAUUUGAAACGGACGAAUGCUGCAGCCGACGAAAUACGACGAACCACCGGAAAUGACAAUGUGAUUGUUUACAAUCUCGACCUGGCGUCACUGAAGUCCGUCCGCGAGUGCGCUAAGGAAGUCCUGGCGAAGGAGGACCGACUUGAUAUACUCAUUAAUAAUGCAGGCGUUAUGAUUACCCCCAUCCACUGGCGUACGGCGGACGGGUUCGAGAUGCAGAUGGGAACCAACCACCUGGGCCACUUCCUGUUCACCAACCUCCUUCUCGACCUCAUCAAGCGGUCCGCCCCUAGCAGAAUCAUCAACGUCUCAUCACUAGGACACAGCUACAUGGAUCUGGACCUCGAUGACUUGAACAGCGAGAAGGUGGACACGGUGACCGCCUAUGGCCGCUCCAAGCUCGCCAACAUACUCUUCACUCGGGAACUGCACAGGAGACUUAAAGGUAGCGGAGUCAUCUCAGUGAGCCUGCACCCCGGAGCGGUGGCCACGGAGCUGUACCGCUACACGGGAGACCACCGGCUACCCUUUCGACUCUUGAUUACGGUUUUCUGGGCGCUCUACAAGCACAUCAACAAGACGCCGGAAGAAGGUGCCCAAACCACGCUCCAUUGUGCGCUCGAACCGGAAGUUGAACAGCAGUCUGGAAAGUACUUUAGUGAUUGUGCGGUAAAGGAGCCGUCGAGACAAGCCCAGGAUGACGUCAUGGCGUCCAAACUGUGGACAUUGUCCGAGAAACUCGUGGGACUGACCACGUAACCAGGCAAUUGGAGAGAGGUCAUGGAAAACCAAAAUUGCGGACCUGACUUUUUUUCCAAAGUGACGCUCACCUAUGGAGUUCCCAUAUGGUGAUUCAGUUCUACACCGAGGCACCAUCAAUUAGCAGUUAAAACGUUUGAGAUUAAUACAUAUGUUAUUUGUGUGUGUAUUUAAUUCAUGGUCCAAUAAAAAAACAAAUGUA